AUGUCUGGAUUCAGCGAGUAUGACGUGACAGUUAGUCAAGGAGUUUGUUUAGCAACGACUUCCUCUCUCUCUCUCUCUCUCUCUCUCUCUCUCUCUUUAUCUAUCUAUCUAUCUAUUUAUCUAUCUAUCUAUCUUUCUCUCUCACCUCCCCGAUAUCUGACUCACGUCAAUAAUUUCAUAUCUAUCUAUCUAUCUAUCUAUCUACUCUUUAGCUAUAUCUAUCAGCCAUUUAAGUUUCACUCUCUCUCUCUCUCUCUCUCUGUUCAUCUAUCUAUCUAUCUAUCUAUCUAUCAAUACAUUGGUCAGUCAUUUCAUAUCUAUCUAUCUAUCUAUCUAUCUAUCUACUCUUUAACUAUAUCUAUCUAUCAGCCGUUUGUCUCUCUCUCUCGCUUUCUCUAUUGUGUGUGUGUGUCUUCAUUCGUCUAUAUUUAUCUACCUUCAUCUUUUUAUGUGUUUAUACUAAACCCUUCUAUCUAUCUAUCUAUCUAUCUAUCUAUCUAUCUAUCUCAAUCGUUUCUUAUCUAUCUAUCUAUCUAUCUAUCUAUCUAUCUAUCUAUCUAUCUAUCCCCUUGGGAUCUCUGGGCUCAAUGUGAUUAUAAAUGA